AUGGACUCGUAUCUAGAAUUCGCGGCGGUGAUAGUUAAUCAGCAGCAGUUGGAGCACACGAAGGGGCUGGUGCGAGGAUUCAUGGAGGAGUUGGGACCGAGGCUGCAAGAGUCGUUGCUGGAGCGGCAGGCCGAGAUGGAAAACUGGGUGCGGGACUGGUGGCUGGAUGAUAUGUACCUCAAGGUGCGGCUGCCACUGCCCAUCAACUCCAAUCCCGGCAUGGUAUUCCCUCGCCGUCAUUUCGCCAAGAUGGAGGAGGUAGCCGACUUGGGAGCACUGUUUAUCGACGAUCUGCUGGAUUAUAAGGAGAUGCUAGACAGGGGAGAACUACCCUUGGAGCGUGCCACCAGCCGCGAAAAAGGCCAGCCACUCUGCAUGGAGCAGUUCUACCGGCUGCUGGGGAUCUGUCGUAUUCCAGAAGUGGGUAGGGAUCGACUCGAGCUGCCACCGAAGGGAACCGAUACCGAGACCGAGGAGUUGGUGGUUGUGAUCUGCAGGAACCAUUUCUACCCGAUCCCGGUGAAAGCUGCAGACCGAGGCAGAUUGACUCCAGGGGAGAUCCAGGCUCAGCUUCUACACGCGAUGGUGGACGCGGCCGGCGCCCCGCCCGCGCCCCGAGUCGGGCUUCUCACUUCCAUGAACAGGGACCAGUGGGCGAAGGCUAGAGAACAACUUAUUAAAGAUGACAACAACCGCACAAAUCUGGAGCUGAUCUCACGGUCCCUGUGCAUCCUCUGCCUGGACGAGGCGGGCGGAGAUCGAGCGGACACGGACGCUGAUACUAACGCCAUGCUGCGUGCCAUGCAUGGAGCUGGUACCUCCCACCAUUCUGCCAACCGGUGGUUCGAUAAAACUGUGCAGCUGAUCAUCUCCUCAGAUGGUACGGUAGGUAUGUGCUAUGAGCAUAGUGCGGCUGAAGGCGUGGCGGUGGUGAGGCUUGCAGAACGGGCGCUGGCCAGGGCCGAGGUGGCAUCCAGGCCUGCACCCCCACCAGCACUGCUGCCGGCACCACAGGCUAUGAGGUGGAACAUCACACCUGAUGUUCAUAGAACCAUCGAGUAUGCUGCUAGGGAGCUGGACCGGGCUAUAUUAGACUUGGACUUCAAGGUUUACACAUACCGCGGGUACGGCCGCGAAUUUAUGAAGUCAUGCCGCACCAGCCCUGACGUCUACAUCCAGCUCGCUUUACAAUAUGCAUAUUAUAAGAUGUACGGAUAUCUGGUAAGCACAUACGAAUCGGCGUCUCUCCGGCGCUUCCGGGCCGGUCGCGUGGACAACAUCCGGUCUGCUCACGAGGCAGCGCGCGCAUGGGCCGAAGCCAUGUCUUCAGCUGACAAGUCACCCCUCACUGAACCAGUGGACGACCACCAGAAAAAGGAACAGAAACGAUUGGAGAAAUUUGAAGAAGCAGCUCGUCAGCAGACCUCGAUUAUGGAAGCCAAUAUCCUGGGUAAAGGGAUAGAUAACCACCUGUUAGGGCUGCGGGAACUGGCGCGGGAGACCCUGGGAGAACUUCCACCAGUAUUCACCGACGUUACUUACAAACAAAUGAUCGAAUACAAACUCAGCACGAGUCAGGUUGCGACCACUACCGACGGUACCUUCAUGGGGUACGGUGCUGUGGUGCCAGAUGGGUACGGCUGCUCCUACAACCCCAAGAAGGAGUCUGUCAUCUUCUGCAUAUCCUCAUUCACAUCGUCCAGCGUUACCAACACAGAGGCGUUCCGCCAGUUCCUCGAAGAGGCCCUGGACUCCAUGAAGUUAAUGUUCCAGAACAGAAAAUGA